GCGUCGUCAGGCUUCACACGCUCGCAUUUGGAACUACUGCCCUCAACCACUUCUUCCUCCCCAUCUCCCCAAAUUGUCGCCUCUCUCUCUCUCUCUUAAUUUUCUUCCAAAAAAAGGUGUUGUUUGCUCAUCCUCUCGGACUUUUUGCCGCCAUUUUCGUAACUUGGUAAUACAGACUCAGAUUUCUUGAUAGGAGUCAUGCAGCAGGCUCCGCCGCCGUCAGCGCAUCCGCUGGGCCCCAUGGGCUCAGUCCCUCCCGCCAACAUCACCACCGAGCAGAUUCAAAAGUACUUGGAUGAAAACAAGCAACUGAUUCUUGCAAUUUUGGAUAAUCAAAAUAUGGGAAGGCUAGCUGAGUGUGCCCAGUACCAAGCACAACUCCAAAAGAAUUUAUUGUAUCUAGCAGCUAUUGCCGAUGCCCAGCCACAAACUCCAGGGAUGCGUCCUCAGAUGAUUCCUCAUACUGCAAUGCCUCAGGCGGGUGCCCAAUACAUGCAGCAGGCACCCAUUUUCCCUCCUAAGUCUCCUUCACAGUUUACCCCUCAACAAAUUCAAGAAUUGCAGCAGCAGCAGCAAUUGCAUCAUCCAACCCAGAUGAUGCCAUUCCAAGGUCACACGGGCAUGAGACCACCUGUAGGUUCCAUUAACGGGAUGCACACUGAAUCAUCUCAUGGAGGAGGAGGAGGCAGCAAUGAGGCACCAGCUGGAACUCCGAGCAGCAAAAAAGAUGCUGAGAAAGCUGCUGAUGAUGGCCAGAAGAACUCGGCUACUGAACAAGGGAGUGGGAACGCUGAGACACCCCCGAACCCUCAAAGACCGGAAGGUUCCAAGACCCCGUGAUUUCUUAGACUUUUUCUUAGUUUGGUAUUGGUUUGGUGUGUGAAGAUGCAGGGAAAUUGUGAUGUAUACUGAGAAACCAAUGUCAAGUACCCCCUUAACAUUUCCAUGUUGCUUGACUGCAAUUCUCAACUCUUGGAUAUUUAUCUGUUGGUGUUAUUUUAUCCUCUUACUUUCUUUA